AUGGAUUCUUCCUCGUCCAAAUCAAGUGUACGACAACGUAAACCUCAUAACAACAAUAAAGUAUCAUCAUCUUCUCGAAUAGUAACGACAGAUAAAGUCAAGACAUUCUCGACUACAGAACAAAAUGAUCACGAGUCUCGACAGAUCAAAACGUUUCAAGAAAUAGAUCGAUCCCUUUGUCGGACAAAUAGUUGGCACACGCAAGCUGCUGCUCAUUUGGCUCGAAAACGCAUUUACUCGAUAUUAGCUGGUAUUAUGAUUGGUAUUGUCGCUGUCAUUAGCUUCCAGAGCUAUUAUCUUGAAACACCUUUAAUUACGGAAGAUUCAUUACUACGCGUACGGGCGAUGUUUGAUAAUUUUAACUGGUCAGUAAAUGUCCGAGAAGAGCUCUUAACGGCCUUUGAUCACCGUCCUGCUCUUCUUGGAGCAGCUGAAAUACGUCCAGGUCUUCAAAUGUUCGAGGAAGAAAAAAUCGUGGCGUACUCACCUGUGAUUUUACUACCAGGUUUCACAUCCACAGGACUUGAAAUCUGGAAUGGAAGUGCUUGUAGUAAAGCUUAUUUUCGACAACGGAUGUGGGGCACGUCGAGAAUGUUACAGCAGUUUAUGAUGAACCAAAAAUGCUGGUUGGAACAUAUGAUGCUAAAUCGCACGUCUGGAAUGGACCCAGAUGGAAUCAAACUACGUGCUGCUAAAGGUCUUGAAGCGGCCGACUAUUUGAUCGGCGGUUUCUGGGUAUGGGGCAAAAUGGUUGAGAACUUGGCCGAGAUUGGAUAUGAUAGCAACGAUUUGUACAUGGCGGCGUAUGACUGGAGACUCAUGCCGCACUUGCUGGAAAAGCGUGAUGGAUACUUUACGAAACUGAAAUAUAUGAUUGAGAUGGCCCGUAUGUCGUCGAAAGGACGCAAAGUGAUGCUAGUCACGCACUCUUACGCUACACAGGUCUUUUUGUACUUUUUAAAGUGGGUGGAGAGCGACAAAGGAGGCAAGGGAGGAGAUGAGUGGGUGGAAAAUAAUGUCGAAGCGUUUGUGAACAUUGCUGGACCGACUUUGGGUACAGUGAAGACAAUCAGUGCGUUGAUGUCCGGGGAAAUGAAGGACACAGCUGAGCUGGGCGGACUAUCCAAAUUUCUUGGUUAUUUUUUUAGCGUAUCGGCGCGUACGCAGUUGGCACGAUCGUGGUCGAGUGUCUUCACGAUGCUACCCAUUGGUGGUGAUCGUAUCUGGGGUACUGCUGACUCGGCACCCGAUGACAUAGUUGCAGCUUCGCCGUUGUUGACGGGAAAAGAAUCACUCGUGGACCCAAAGAAAGUUAAAGAACAUGUUAAGCGCUUCAGCUCACAUGGACAGGUCGUUCGCUUUGUUAAUGCUACACACGAGAACAUCACUGCUGGUGAUGUGCAUAAGUUUCUUGGUAGAUUAGACCCGUGCCUUGACAACUUUAGCUCAAUGUUUAGUACCGGUGUUGCUGAGGACCCGUCACUUCCCAAGUAUGACGAGGCAAAGUACUGGGCAAACCCGUUGGAAACCACUCUGCCAAAGGCACCAAGUUUAAAGGUGUUUUGCUUCUAUGGUGUGGGCAAGCCCGUAGAACGAGGAUACACGUAUGGAGGAAACCCGCCGCAAGAUGACAACGCAACUGUAAAUGGCAAUCGUGUGGCACCCUACUUGUUCAACACCGAGAUUCAUGACCUGCCUUAUGUCAAGGACGGCAUCCGAUACAGCGACGGCGACGGCACGGUGCCUCUUGUCUCUUUGGGACUCAUGUGUGCCAGUGGUUGGCGGACUCAGAAGUACAACCCGAGUGGAGUUGACGUCCGUGUUCGUGAGUAUAGUCACAACCCCGUGUCAAUGUUGUUCGAUUCGCGUGGUGGGCCUGAGACGGCUGAUCAUGUUGACAUAAUGGGCAACCAUGCACUUAUCCGCGACGUGCUACUUGUGGCCGCUCGUGCUUAUGAUCGCGUGCCAGAUAACAUUACGUCUAGCAUUAUGGAAAUCGCUGAACGCGUUGGCGAACUAUAG